AUGACAGUUGAAACUGAUACAAUUAAGAAUCCAAAAGAAUCUCCCACAAAAACAAAACGUAAACGUGCAUCACGUUCAAGUUCAAGUGGUUCAAGUUCAUCAGGCACGACAAGUUCCUCAUCAGCUUCGAGUCGUUCAUCGUCAUCCUCAUCAUCUAAUUCAUCAUCAUCAACUAGUCGUUCAUCAUCAGCUGCAUCAUCACCAGAAAAAAAAGGUGAUCGUAAUAAAGUAAAUAAUAAUAAAUCAUCAAAUAAAAAAUCAUCAGAACAUGAUAUAAUUGAUGAAAAAAAACCUGUUCAAUCAACAAAUUCAACACGUCGUAGUCCAAGUCCAUCAUCACGUCGGCAAGAAAAAGAAGCUACCAAAAUUUAUAUUGGUAAACUAUCUUUAAAUGUUAAUAAAGAACAUUUAGCUGAAAUCUUUGGAACAUUUGGUGAAAUAAAAGAGAUUGAUUUACCAUCUCAUCGUAUAUAUACACAUCUUCAUCGUGGUUUUGCUCAUAUUGAAUAUGUGACAGCAAAUGGUGCUGAACAAGCAUGUAAAUAUAUGGAAGGUGGACAAGUUGAUGGUAAAGAAAUUGUUUGUGUGCUGGUUCAUGGUCAACCACCACAUUUAUCUUCGGAUAGAAAUCGUCGAGAACGAUCACCUUAUCAUGGAAGACGUCGACGUUCACCAUUACCACCAUCACGUCAUUAUCCACCACAAAGACGUAUGGGAGAUCGUGAUCGUGAUCGUGGAAGAUAUAAUGAUCGACGAGGUGGAUAUUCACCACCAUCAAGAAAUUAUCGACGUGGACAAUCACCACCGACAUCUAGUCGACGAACUGGUGCAGGUGGAAAUGCGGCUGAAUCACCAAAGAAAAAAGAACGUAGAUAUUCACGAUCAAGUUCAAGUGAAUCAAAAUAA